UCUAUUUGAUCUGUAUGCUGUUUACAAAUGUUGAACAAUAUUAUCCAAAUAUUCCUUUCCAUCGAACAUCCUGUGGAAGAACAUGGGUCUCAUUGGGUCUCAUCAAUUACGCAUGCGCAGUUUAACCUUUCUGCAUAAUCAAUCAACAAACAAUGCUCAAGGACUUGACAUAAUCGAGCCGGCUGCCAUCGGCAUUCAAUAAUUAAUAUCAAUUGGCGGCAAGCCUCUCUCACUUUCAAUCAGUAGAACAUAUGCCCUAGAGGUUCAGUACUCCUCUAUCCGCUCAAUUGGUUAGCGAUUUCUUUUACAGAGCGAUCAGCCACAAAACAACAAUUAUGAUUGGCCUUAAAAAGCAUAGAGCAUUUUUAGAACGACUUCGAUGGACCUUACGUGCCCAACACGUGUUCGGAGUGUCCUCACUAAUUGUCGACAAGCGGGGAAAUGUUAGGUCGGGCAGUGCGGCUCCAAAGUUUAUUUUGGCGAUGUUGGGACUGGCCAUAUCGUUGGCGGUAUGGUUCAUCUUAUACCACAACGAGUCACCGGUCAUAUGCCGAUCGAAAGGUAAUUUGCACCGGCUAUUAAUGAAGCUGACUGUAGCUAAUUUAAUUGCUUGUUCCAUUUGCUUACCUCAGCAAACCAGGUCAGGCUAUUUUAUUACUUUGUCAUCAUUGAAACGCUGGUGGCGAUUGCGUUCAAUGUGAUAUGCACCAUCAGAAUAGCCUGGCCUGCAUCGCAACACUCACUGGCGCAGUGUUGGGCACAGUUGAUAGCAAAGGUACAGGAGAUUCAAAUUAUGUUCCAGUGCAGUAUCGAGUCGAAGCGUCCGUUCCAAUUAUUUUGGCUGUGGAUAGCUGUGCUGUCUGCAGCGUACGGCUUUCUGCUCACGUUAAUGGUUCUCACCUCGAAAGUGCUUUUCGUAUCUCAAACGAAUCAUUUAAUUCUGUAUGGUUUGCGAAUUUACGCAUACCUGUCGGACACAACCGUGUGUGCCUCGUUUGGAUUGUUCGCCCUGCUGCUGAGAAUUCUGAUUGUUGAAAUGCGACAAUUGGUUCGAAAAACUACCAUCAAUGAACAGCAGCUCCGAUCCAUGAUACAGCUGUAUCGGCACAUUCUUCAAAUCAUUGAAAGUUUUUGCGCAGUGUACGGUUGGGUGUUGAUAUUGAUUUUUUUCGAACAUUUCCUGAUCCUAACGGAUCGAUCCUUUUUUGCAAUACGCAUGUAUCGCAUGCCGAUGGGAUUUUCCAUUCAGCAGGUACUGUCGAUGAUGAUGACUUGGGUGUUUCCGUUGGCGCUGAACGACAUGUUGCUAGUUGGCGCGUGUACAGCAACGGAAAAAGCACUGCAGCAGUUUGAGCGGCAACUUUGUGAGGUUGGAAAAAUGGCAAACACACAAAAUGUGGAGUGUGAGCAAAUGAUCACUAGUUUCAGCCUGUACGUGGCAGAGCAGAAGCCAAAGUUUCGCAUUCUGAAAUCAAUCAAUUUAAGCUUUAAUUUGAUCUAUGCGAGCUGCGGAGUAAUUGCCACGUAUUUAACAGUGUUUCUACAGUUCGACAAUGGAGACUCUUUCUGAGCAUUGGCCUGUGAUGGUUAAGGAGGAGAAAAAAACGACAACAUGGUUGUAACGGAUCUUUGUUUGAAUUUUGAAUUUUCGCCGUCAGCGAGCUGUCACGGCCAAAUCAGCUGUCAACAAACAAAACAAUAAACAACAUUGCACCGGAAAGCAAUAUCCACCAACAAAAACGCUGCUAGAAGUGCUUUUAUCUGUUUGCUUUGCAACAAAAUGUUGCACUUUUUAUGAAGGUGCUCGUGCAAGUCUUAAGAUAAAGCCCCAAAUUGGUCCCAUCAAGCAGAGCGACAACUUCUGCAGCUAUGG